AUGUUGCUGAAAGCUUUACUACCAGUCGCAUUGUGCCUGGCGGGUGCGAGUUGCCAGAAUGUUAGCACAUACGUCAACCCGUCAGUGCCAACAGGCGUCCCUGUCCCGGGCAACUACACUGGCGGCUUGCGUCCGCAGGUUCACUUCUCCCCACCUCAAUUCUUCAUGAACGACCCCAAUGGCAUGUUUGUGGAUGCCAAUGGGACAUGGCACAUCUACUAUCAAUACAACCCGACUGGCCUUGGUGCUGGCAACCAGCAUUGGGGACAUGCUACAUCCCAAGACCUAUACCAUUGGGUCAACCAGCCCAUCGCCCUCUUCCCUCCUGAGAAGUCGGUCUAUGUUUUCUCGGGGUCGGCUGUCGUUGAUGUGAACAACACCUCGGGCUUCUUCCCAGACCAGGAUAAUGGAGUUGUCGCCAUCUUUACCUUGGCGAGGUAUUACGAUGACGGUUCUGCUGGGCCACAGACUCAAGCCAUCGCUUAUUCGCACGAUGGCGGUUAUAGCUUUGAGUACUACGACGGCAACCCAGUCAUUGACAGCACUUCCACCCAAUUCCGCGACCCCAAGGUUAUCUGGGUUGAGGACCAUUGGGUCGCCGUCAUCGCCUACGCUCAGGAGUUUUCAGUGGGCAUUUUCACCAGCCCAGAUUUGAAGGAGUGGACUCAUGCGUCGAAUUUUUCGUACCACGGGCUCCUUGGCGCUCAGUACGAGUGUCCGAACCUGGUUAAAAUGCCUGUCAGGGAUGAAAGCGGCGCUGUGGUAGACGAGAAGUUUGUUCUGACACUGUCGGUUCAGCCUGGCGCUCCCCUCGGAGGUUCGAUCACGGAAUACUUCCUAGGCGACUUUAACGGCACACACUUCGCGACAGCGGAUGCUGCCACGAGGUUGACGGACUUUGCAAAGGACAACUACGCCGCUCAGUUCUUCUACGGAAUUCCCGAAGGACAGAAUGCUGUCAAUCUUGGGUGGGCAUCGAACUGGCAGUAUGCGCAGCAGGUUCCCACCGGAAAUCUCGAGGGCUGGCGUAGUGCUAUGACUUUGCCGAGAUCAAACUACCUGACCAAGGCCCCACGUAUCGGGUGGGUCAUGGUUGACGAAAUCUACGACCCAAGUCCCAUUCUGGACACACCUCUCGAUACAUCCACUUUCGGAAACGGCAGUGUUGCUGUGGACUAUUCUGCAGUUGAUUCGAAUGCCCUAUACAUCGAAGCUAACGUCACCGGUAUCAACACAACACUCCUGACAUCGUACUCCACACUCAAUGUAUCAUUCACGUCUCCCUCAUCUGGAGAAACCCUGAGAUCCGGCUUCUACUUUGGCGGAGACACACCAUUCUUCGUCGAUCGCGGCCAGAUUCGUGGGUUUGACAAUGUCUUCUUCACGGACAAGUUCAGCACUGCAGACGUUUACAGCACUGGCACUGAUUCUCUGGCAUCAUGGACUUUCAAGGCUGUGAUUGACAGAAGCAUAUAUGAAGUAUUCGUUGAUGGCGGUAUACACGCCGCAACCGUGCUAUUCUACCCUACACAGCCCUUGACGACUGUCAACCUGAGGACUGCAAACUUGCCCAGCGGUACAGAAGUGAGCAUUGCCAUCUGGUCUCUCAAGAGCGCUUGGGCCGAGUAUGAGAAUGAGCAAGGAACCGUCGUGGGAAACGUGACGACUUCGGGAAACUCGACGCACCAGGAAAGAAGGCAUAUGAUUUACGAGAACAACUUCAUGCUGUAG